AUGGCAGGUACGAUACGGCCGAAUGAGAUGAAUGUCGCGACGACGCCGACUCUCUCCUCGGGCACCUUGCCCAACCUCAUGACCCUCCAGACGGACCUCAGCAAGAAACCCAGUGUGCCACGAAGCCCGCGCAUAGAUGUCGAGCCCCUAUAUGCGGCUGUCAAGGGCGCUAUCAGCGACGCCGAAUGGACAGUGUACAAGAAAACCCUCUCUUUCUUUCUUCUCGGCAAUCUCAACCAGGAAGAACUCUCCCAGAAGCUAUCCAAGAUCUUGACCACGCCCGCCCUUGAACAUGCGCAUAAUGCCCUCUUCACAGCCAUCUAUGCGAACAUAUGGCGGGAUCCGCCAGAAGCUGGUAUUGCAAGCUGGGUCAGCAGCAGCGAUAAGCCGACGAGCGGGACGGUCAAGGGGACAGGGGAUGAGAGCGAGAAGCGGCUAAAACAUGAAGUUAUGCAACUCAGUCGGAGGGAAAGGAAGAGAUUAAAGGGCAUACCAGCGGGCGACAGCCCGUUGAGUACAGGCUUGGAGGGGGGGCUGAGUGUGGGCAUGACAGGACCGGUACAGGAGUAUGUCGAUGCUAGACGAGCGAAGCAGCUAGACAUUGGGCCCAGUAGCAACCAAGGCGGCGGAUUUGCAAAGACGAACUGGGAACUCGAAAUCCGCAAGCGCUACACGUCCGCCCUCUACGUCGAAACCCACGAAUUCCCCACGGCCAUGACAAUAUCCUACCGUCUCCUCCCGAUAUGCUACGAAUACGGCCUCCCCCAAGGCCACACGCCGGAUUGUCCCGACUACCUAAACAUCGCAACCGAAACGUACAUCAAAGAAGCCCUCGCAAACCUCCUCGGCAAGGUGUGCAGCAACGGCCCCGGCUACAUCCGCACGGGCGACUUCAAAAAGAAACAAGCACGAGAAGAACGGCUCGCGGAAAAGGGCGAGCUUAUGCGCGGUGCGGCGGGCGAACUCCCCAUCGAAGCCGAAGAGCGACGUAAAAGAAAACCGCUAUGCACAGAAGACUUGCGCCUCGCCCUCGAACUCGGCGAUGGCUACCUCGGCCAAACUCCAUUUAUCGCCGGCUCCAUCUUGCACAGUCGUUUCUUGGAUACGGAGGGCAUCGAAGACCUUUACGAUGGCUCUGCUUCUUCUUGUACUACUACUACUACUACUAAGCCCUUGACAAAUGGCACUGCGCACACCAACGGCGACGCCAAACAAGCCUUUGCACCCGAAACAUGGACUGUGGAUUUCGGAGACGCAAUCAUGGUGGAUGACGAGGUUGGGUUGCAUUGGCAAGGCGGCAGUGUCCAGGAUAUGGCGGAUAUGGAUGAGACGUUGGAGGAUAUAUUGAAUCUUGGGGAUUUGUGA